AUGUCCCAACCUCCAGCGCCCACGUUCGCUCUAGCUCCCUUCGACAAUUCCGCGGCCGAUGUUGUCCUCCGAUGUCGGGACGGCGUGCAUUUCCGCGUGCGGAGCGCGAUUCUGCUGGAAGCGUCGCCUGUUUUCGCCGAGCUGCUCGCGGCGUUGCCGUGCGGCGGGGCGACUGACAUCCAGGAGGGUCCCACAUUCGAAGGAAUGCCUAUGGUCGUGAUCGCGGAGGACAGCAAUGCCAUUGAUCCACUACUCCGUCUAUGCUACCCGACAGCGGACCCAGUGCUAGUGGACCUGAAGGACAUCCGACCCGUUCUUGCGGCAGCAAUCAAGUAUCAAAUGGAGGAAGCUUCCGCAGUACUGAAGAAGAUGUUGCUGUCGUUUCUCGAGGAACAGCCACUAAGGGUCUGGGCAUAUGCUUGUCUUCUCCAUCUAGAAGAAGAGGCCAGGGCCGCUGCGAGCGCCCUGCUGGGCAAAGAGCUCCCCACCAAGGGUCCAGAGGAAUUCCCCGAAGUGUCUGCUGGAGAUUACUACCGCCUCACGAAGUUUCUGCGGUCCAAGGGUGCUGUCGAGGAGUCUUUCACAUUCCUCAAAGCUGGUUCUGCUGCUGCAGAGCCGCCACCGUCCAAGAGUUCCACCGCGAAGCCUUGGCAUUGCACUCGUGAGCUCGGGUUUACAUCCCUUCCUUAUGCCGACAUCAUUUGCCGCUCGUCUGACGGGCAGGAGUUCAGAGCUCAUAGGAUCACCCUCCUCCUUGCCUCACCUCUUCUCCGCGACGGCAUCACUGCCCUAUGCCCCGAAGCAGUCUCAGGACCUCCACCUCCAGACGCCUUGCCCGUGCUUCAGAUGGGUGUCGAGGGCGUGUUUUUAGGUCCGCUGCUCGACAUGUGUUAUGCCGAACGACCACCAUCUGUCUAUGAAUGGCACUCGAUAUACGGCAUCGUAGGGAUGAUGGUCGCCGCUCGGCACUUCGGCUUCGCAGAUAUUCUGCUCAGACUCCGCUGCGGGCCGUACCUCACCCUAGCAGAUCGCCAGCCCCUGUUGGGCUACCUACUCGCCGCCCAACUGCGCUUCCCUGACAUCGCCAAAUCCAGAGCCUCGGAGAUGCGCCACGAUGUGUACGAGUCGUACGGCUAUCACCCCGAGAUGGAGCGGACCCCGGCCCACGCUUACCACCACCUGCUCAUGCAUCGCCGCCGAAGCAGGGUGCUCGUAGCUGCCCAGGCCGCGAAGGUCGGGCGGCCUGCGCCCCCACCUGCUUCUGACACCAAAAUUCAGACUAUGGCGGGUCUGCGGUCGGCUGACGGACACCCCUGGGUCCAGGGUGUCGUCCGUGCCUAUGCGGACAAGCUUGGUGACGCAGAUACGACGAGGGACCUGUAUCGUAUACAGCCGGACUACGAGCAGCUGUUGUCGGACUCGCUGGCGAACAAGAUAUGGUGCCAACGAUGCGAGCACAAUGUACGGCUGUUGACGGACACGCGCCAUGCCUGGAAGAAGAUACGCGACGAGCUCUUUCGGAAUGACCUCGCAUUUGAAUCGGGAGGCGCACUGUAA